CUCUAUUAUUCUUCAUUUGUUUAUUUACAGAAAAUCAUCUACCAUAUAAUCCAUGCUCUGAAGUAGCGCUUACUUGUGUUAUAUACGCCUUAGUAUUAUGCAUUGGAAGAAUCAGUACUCUUAUAUUUUACUAAACGGCGAAACUUCACUAGUUAUAAAUAUUGAACGCGAAAACACCAUUCAGCAGUGUUGCUCAAUCCUUUAGUCAUUUUAAUAUACUUUUGCUUUUUUGAACAUAAUACUUACUAUCUCUGAAAAAAAUUUGAACGUCAACUAGGUAAACCUCUGUCUUUCCUUAGCUCUUGUACCUUUGCAAGCGUGUAAAUUGAAGCCUCUAUCACUUUCCUUACAUGUAAAAAAUGAAAAACAAAUAUGAUCAUUUACAAACUUCUUUGGAUGAUUUAAAUGCAGACGAUGCCAACGAAGUAAACAUUGGUCAAUUACCAGUUUACACAGCAUUUAGUGAAGAUACACUACCGCCUCCCCAAUAUUCAGAGGCAUCUGGAUUUUCUGAUUUAGAGACACCCGACAAAGCGAAUAGCGCAUAUGAUUAUUCUACUCCUUGGUGGAUGAAAGUACCCGUUUGCAUUGGCGCAUUUCUUCUUCUGAGUCUCCCUUGUCUGGUACUUGCUCGAUUCAUGAACUUUUCUCUACACCAUUGGUUAUUUUGCGCUUUAUAUUGUAUACUUCUUCCAUUGGUACUGUAUGUGACAUAUGACAAAUGGAUUAAAAUUUUCAGAGAAGCCCUGGUAAACAUCAAAAAUGGAUUGGGAACAGCUUCUUUGUCUAUUAUAAAUGGGAUCAAAUCAGCUUUGAUUUCCAUUCUAGACGGAGUCAAGGAAGCAGUAGUGAUCACAGCUCGUGAAACUAAGGAAGCUAUAGGGACACAGUCUGUAUAAAGCAACCAUAGAGGUAAAGCGAAAACCAAUUUAGUAGGUGACUUGGAACUACAUAAACCGUUUAUCCUACUGAACAAGUCAGGGUGUUUAUACAAGUUGACUAGUCCAACCGGCCAACCGCUCGUUCCAUAUCCAUCCUUUUUUUUAUUUUUUUUUUGUAUAUGAAUGAAAAAAAAAGGUUUUUUUGCUAACUAUAACUUAUCAUUCACUUAAACGAGUUCCCUCAUGUUUUUUAGACCUGUCUUAUUGUCUCAGAUAUUUUCUGUCAGAGGAAGUCCCAGAUAUUAGCAAAUAUACUCAACGGCGAUAGCAAAGUUCCGUCACUGCAAAAACUUUACAUUUUUUAGUUAUGUUCUUUGGGUGGAAUAAACAGCUAAAGUUGUAUUGCUGUAGAUUUGAAUUGGCUGCUCCCGAAAUACGUAUAUAGAUGCUAGUAAUAUCCAGGGAUCUGCUUAACUAAAUGAAAUGUCUGAAAGUCAGUUUUACUUCGACUGUAUACUCAUGGAUUUAAUGACUCUUAUGAUACAGUCGACGCAAAUUAUUUCACUCUCCGAUUUCGCACUCACAGUUUCUGUAUAAUGGUAUCCAAUCGUUUGUUUACUUUAAAUUACGCGACGAUUCUCAAGAUUAUGUCCUUUAGCUUGUAUUAGAUAAGUUUGACGACUAAUGUUAAUCAACUUUACGAUG